GCGCAGCCUGCGCACGUGUGCGGGCGCGGCUGGGCGUUCUCCGCCGGGUUCGAGCAUGGCCGAGAUGGAGACGCAGAGCGCCGGGGCGGACGACGGCUUCACCCCAGUCACGCACAGAGCGGGCCGACGGGCGAAGAAGCGACAGGCCGAGCAGCCGUCAGCGGCGGGACAGGACGGAGACGCCGGCCGCAUGGACACGGAGGAGGCGCGGCCGGCGAAGAGGCCGGUCUUCCCGCCGCUCUCGGGCGAGCAGCUCCUGACCGGGAAAGAGGAGACGAGGAAGAUCCCCGUCCCCGCGAACAGAUACACACCGCUGAAAGAAAACUGGAUGAAGAUAUUUACCCCGAUAGUGGAGCAUUUGGGGCUUCAGAUUCGCUUUAACCUCAAGUCCAGGAAUGUGGAAAUCAGGACUUGCAAAGACACCAAGGAUGUCAGUUCCCUGACAAAAGCAGCCGAUUUUGUGAAAGCCUUUGUUCUCGGGUUUCAGGUGGAGGAUGCGCUUGCCCUUAUCAGGCUGGAUGACCUCUUCCUCGAGUCUUUUGAAAUAACUGACGUUAAGCCCCUAAAAGGAGAUCACCUGUCAAGGGCAAUAGGAAGAAUUGCUGGCAAAGGAGGGAAAACCAAAUUUACCAUAGAGAAUGUGACUCGGACACGGAUUGUUUUGGCGGAUGUGAAAGUUCACAUUCUCGGCUCUUUCCAAAACAUCAAGAUGGCACGGACUGCCAUCUGCAACCUCAUCCUAGGAAAUCCUCCAUCGAAGGUUUAUGGCAAUAUCCGAGCUGUGGCCAGCAGAUCAGCGGACCGGUUCUGAUUCCCCUCAACUCUUGAGAUGUUCACAUAAAUCCAUGGGAAGAUUUCCCAGCCACCUACAGCUCAGGUUUCUUUCCACAUCUCAGCCCAAAGCAGAAGCAGAAAGGGAAGGCUUAACAGGACUUGCACUCUCCUGCUUCUGGAAUAAUUUAAAUAUGAAAAUUAAUGCUGUUAAUACUUAACACAUUGAAUGUAAAUGACUGUUUUUCACAUGGGGCAGACUUGCAGUUUAAAAUCUUGCCAUUUAGAAGCAGCUUCUUAAGACAGAUUUGUAACUAAACUUACAAGCAUUUUUUUCCCUGUAAAUUUUAAUUAAAAAUCUCAAAGACCUGCAAAUCAAGUCCUUGGUAUAGGGCACUGCGACUGCUUCAGGGUUGGGUCAUAACAAUAGUCUGCACUGUUGAUCCUUGCGAUCUUUAUACUCAAUGCAUUUUAUGAACUGUAAGCCCUGCACCACAAGGCUAAUAAAUUACUUUUCAAAUAAGUAAUGAAAGUGAAACAGUUUUCCCAAGAGGAUUAUGUUUUCCAAACAGUAUAUUCUUGUAACUAGUGUCUGUGUAUAUGAAUUUGCUUAUUUCUUAUAUUGUUUAGAACCUAUUUCAUUAAACAUGAGAUUUAGGUA